AUGAAUUCCUUAAUUCCGAUUUUGCACAAGACAAAUGUGGUAGGAACAUUGAACAUGUUGGGGCUGGCGAAGCGGGUCGGUGCGCGGUUUUUGCUAACGAGUACCAGUGAGGUGUACGGCGAUCCAUUGCAACACCCGCAAGUCGAAACCUACUGGGGCAACGUCAAUCCAAUAGGCGUUCGAAGCUGUUACGAUGAGGGAAAACGCACUGCUGAAACGUUGACCAUGGAUUAUCACAGAGGAGCUGGUGUUGAGGUGAGAAUUGCUAGGAUCUUCAACACUUAUGGACCUCGUAUGUGCAUUGACGAUGGUCGUGUUGUUAGCAACUUUGUUGCCCAGGCUUUGAGGAAGGAGCCAUUGACUGUUUAUGGUGAUGGAAAGCAGACAAGGAGUUUUCAAUAUGUUUCUGAUUUGGUUGAGGGGCUCAUGCGCUUGAUGGAAGGAGAACAUGUUGGACCUUUCAAUCUUGGAAACCCGGGUGAAUUCACCAUGCUUGAACUUGCUCAGGUGGUUCAAGAAACAAUUGAUCCUAAUGCUAAGAUAGAAUUCAGACCCAACACAGAGGAUGAUCCACACAAGAGGAAGCCUGAUAUUUCUAAGGCGAAGGAGUUGCUGGGUUGGGAGCCUAAAGUGCCUCUUCGUAAGGGUCUCCCAAUGAUGGUCACUGACUUCAGUCAACGCAUCUUUGGGGACCACAAGGAACGUGGUUCCUCGACAUCCUCAACAUAA